CGUCCUCCUCCAGAAAUCCAUAGGUUCUCAACCUGACUACAUUGUAUUUUUUUCUCUUUUUCCCCUACGCGUGACGCACGCUCGUAGUAGUGUGUGAGUAAAAAAAGUCGUGUGAUUGUAUACUAAUCGCAUCGACGCAUCCGCGGUGUGUAUACGGUGUAUUUAACAAUUGUUCUCAUGGAAUUAGGGCUAGUUAGUGUCAAUUAGAUAUUUAAGUAUUAUUCCAUAAAAGCAAAGCUUUUUUUUUGUUAAUCGUAAAUCUUCCGUGUUUUUUUCGUUCCUAGAACGAUAUUUACCGAGUGACUCGCGAGUGCGUGUGUGUGUUGUGAUUUUACUAUUAUCCAAUAUAUUAUAAAAUUCUCCAUAUCAGUGAAGCAAUCGUGCUAUUUUGCUUUUAAAAUUCGAUAUUCACGAUGGGAAACGUGCAUACUUGCGGACCAAACGAGGCCCUCGUCGUUUCGGGAGGAUGUUGCGGAUCGAUGAAAAAACGAACGAUCGUCGGUGGCUAUGCAUUUUGCUGGUGGUUCGUUACGGACGUGCAACGUUUGUCCCUGGAGGUAAUGACGUUGAACCCAGUUUGCGAGAACGUUGAAACUGCCCAGGGCGUACCGCUCACGGUGACCGGUGUAGCACAAUGCAAAAUCAUGAAAGCCGACGAAUUGUUGCACACCGCCAGCGAACAAUUUCUUGGGAAGACUGUUUUCGAGAUCAAGUCAACGAUACUGUCGACUUUGGAAGGACAUCUACGAGCGAUUCUCGGCACUUUAUCGGUCGAGGAAGUGUACAAGGAUCGAGAUCAGUUCGCAGCAUUGGUACGGGAAGUUGCAGCACCGGACGUAGGCCGGAUGGGCAUCGAGAUUCUCUCGUUCACGAUCAAGGACGUUUACGACGAUGUGCAAUACUUGGCCUCGCUCGGUAAAGCGCAAACAGCGGCUGUGAAGAGAGACGCUGACGUUGGGGUUGCCGAGGCCAAUCGUGACGCCGGCAUCAGAGAAGCCGAGUGCGAAAAAGCAGCGAUGGAUAUUAAAUACAACACGGACACGAAGAUCGAGGAUAACGCGAGACUUUAUCAGUUGCAAAAAGCUAACUUUGAUCAGGAAGUUAACACGGCGAAAGCCGAAGCUCAGCUCGCCUAUGAGCUGCAGGCAGCCAAGAUUAAGCAGAGAAUACGAAACGAAGAAAUACAGAUCGAAGUCGUCGAGAGGCGUAAGCAAAUCGAAGUCGAAGUCCAAGAAGUACGAAGGAAGGAGCACGAGUUACAGAGCACCGUCAGAUUGCCCGCCGAGGCAGAAAGUUAUAAAAUGGGAAAAGUGGCCGAAGGAAAAAGGACACAGACAGUUUCUGCGGCGACAGCCGAGGCUGACAAGAUUCGAUUGCUCGGUGAGGCUGAAGCUCAAGCAUUGGAGGUCAUUGGUGCAUCGGAGGCUGAACGAAUGCGACUCAAAGCAGCCGUUUACAACAGGUACGGCGAGGCUGCUGUCCUGAACAUUGUCCUGAACGCAAUGCCCAAGAUCGCCGCUGAAAUCUCCGCACCGUUGGCCAGGACGGAAGAAAUUGUUCUUCUUGGAGGAAACGACAGUACUUCGGGCGAACUUACCCGUCUCGUCGGUCAAGUACCUCCAGCAGUUCAAGCUUUGACCGGAGUAGACCUCUCAAAGGUUUUAGGAAAAAUACCUGGGGCUAAGUAAUUCACAGCAAAUUGAUUUUCAACGACUCGGAAACCCGUCCACCCCUCUACGGAUUUCAGUAGCCCUUCAAGAGAGAAAAUAGUAUAUAAUAUACUAUCAAUUACUUCUCUCCUCUGCCAUUCAGUCGCUUACAAGCGACCCUCCAACUUCAACUCUUUCCCCAAUUUUUCUACCUCAAAUUUGGACAUUGAUCGCAGAAGUUAGCAGCGAGCAGCGUAGAUACGUUUCUAAUAUUAUUUUUGCGAGCCUUUUCUCGACCAUCGGACGCACACUCAUCAUUCAGAUUCCAAGUAAACGACGCUCGCAAUGAUUACGAAUUUUUCUUUAUACAUUUUCUUAAAAACGGCGAGACGGAUAUGAUAAAUAGACAAUUUCAUGGAUCGAGUUACCAAACGGAAAACAGUAACGAUUAUUGUGAAUCGAAUUGUAAAUUCGUCAAUUUGUUAUUGAAUCAAAAAAUAUUAUUUACAGCCAACGCAAGCGACUACGCUCACAUAUUUCGUUGAGUUUCAUCACAAUCUUUUAUUAACUCCAGAUCGAUUCGUACGUUUUGGUAAUAUAUUAUUGAGUAACGUUAAUAGCCUGGUUGAACGGCAUGAAAUGCUGCAUUUCCCGACGAAUUAUAUACUGCAAUUUUUCAUGAAAUACCGAAAUAAACGUCAUUGGGAAAAUGUACUUCAAUCUUGUAAAAUUAGCCAUAUUUUUACGUAUUUUCGGACACACUAUUGUUUUCAACAAAUGUCUCGAGUCCAAGAUUCUCCAGCGGGCAAUCGCUGCGAGAAAUUGAAACUUCGUAUUCUUGCGUAGAGUGUGCUUUCGCCAUCCUAAUGUGAAAGUAACAAAAAAAAAAACAAGCAACUUGUCCUUCUAACUCGUUCGCUCUUCUUGGAGCUCUUUUCAUAUGGGUAUUUCUUACAUGUGGUGUGUAUACGUUCACAUUCCAUGAGUAUUCGUACAAUCAUUGACUUGUAAUGUAACAGAAAGAAACAAAAGGCACGUGUGAUCUUCAAUCUUCCGGUUAAAGUAUCGCUGAACUUGGUUAAAAAAGAAAACAAAAAAUCUUUCAGGUGACUUAGCUCAUGAAAUCACACAAAAAUUACGAUAUUUAACUUUUGUAUGUCACGAUAUGUUCGAGUAUUAAUCCAGCAGGAUGCGUUAAACCAAAAUGACGUAGGACACGAUUCCAAAAAAGGUUCAUUUUGAACUAAUUUUCGCCGGUUGAUACACACGGAAAAAAAACAAAGAUUUUAACGAAAAGGAAAAUUGUCCGAGCGACUGGCUGCUGAUGUAACACAAAAAUCAAAUGUACGUCGUUGUAUUUAGAAAUCUAUUGUGAUCGGCAGUGCUCGAUCAUUGUGUUCAACUGAGUAGGUAAAUUUAUGGGAGACGAAGAUAGGAGAAAGGAAGAGACGAAGUUAAAAGAAGGAAACAAAUUAUCUCGGGGUACCAUCGUUUUCGUAGAAACUACGAAUAUCGCGAACAGGGCAGAAGGAUAAACUCUCUUCAGAGUUCGUUGGAAAUUAGUCACGAUGGAAUCUCUCGCAUUAAGAUUGAGCUUUGAUGAUGAUAAUAAAAUUGAAACGAAAAAAAAGAAAAGAAAAGAAAAAUUAAUAAAGAGACAAAAAAACGUAAAAAAUUGUGAAGAGGCGACGCUUUAGACAAAUUAUGUUUCGCACGCUCGAUUAAUAGACUGUCACUCGGUCACCCCAACGGCAAUUCCGCCCACUGGAUGUUUUUUGUUUGUCAAUAUGAAGGGAAAGAGAAAAAAAUAAGAAAGAGGUAAAAAUGUACAUAGUUUGUACAAUCUAGCCGUACUAAGCAUGUAUAUACAUAACGUAGAUACACUAAUUAAAAACGGCAGUAAAGUAGAGAAAAAAUCUAAGACCAUUGAUUGACACGAGUAUAAACGAAUUUUAGUGCGACCGGAAUUUCCAAUUGUACACACCAACAAAAUCGAUUGAUUCAGUGUUGCAUCACGACCCUUUUACGUCACAGAUCUCUCAUUAAAUGAAAAAACUCUCGUUUUUUUUCUGUCGAUGUGGAUCACUAUAAAAAUCAAUCUUUCUCGUAUAUUUUCACAUCGUUUACUCAUAUUCACACGCGAACUCGAAAUUUUUAUUAAAAUAUAUUCCAAAGAGAUUUUGUAAUACUCACACGUUAUCGAAAGGAACAAAUACUCCGAUACAUAAAUAUAUUUUUCUUGUAGCAAAAGUGUCACAAGGAUAGGAUUGAAUUCAAGUACAAAUCAUGAUCGUCUGUCGUUAGCCAUCGUCUUCCCCUCCCAUAAUUAGCGUGAAUAGAUUCGACGAAUACCUAGACAUAAACUCGAUGUCUUUUACAUCGGUUGAAAUUUCGAAAAAAGGAAUAAAUUUUUAAAAAUCUCUUACUGAUGUAAAAUUGAUCGACGAGUCCGAGCCGGUGGGUGAUCGAGUGUGAAAUUUAGACGCGUCGCUCUACGAUACUUUAAGCUCGCGAAUAUUUGCAAUGUGUAGUUUUUUCAUCGGGUUUUAAUAACGGGUUUUUUUUAUAGUUUGUUGCGACUCGAUAUAUAUUUACUAUUUUUCGAUAUUCUAUCCCUCUACCUCCACAUAAUUUGUUCAAUAAUUAACUAUAACGAAAAAUGAGUUACCGUUCGGAUAUACGAAAAGAGAUUUACUCUUAAUUAAAGUUCUGUUUUAAGUUUGCACACAAAAUAGUUGUUUGACAUUCUGACAAAUUCGAUAACUGACUUUCUCCCUGUGCCAUGCUGAAAACUGAACAACUCGGACACAGGAAAAUUCAUUAGUCCAAAAAUACUCAACAAUCAAUUGAAUCAUCAACUUAUUUCAAUGUGAGAAAUAACCAAAAUUUUCUUACCUUCACACAAUCACCGUCUAGCUAAUGAAAAUGAUGUGUGUUUGCAGUGAAAAAUAAAUGUCAAAAUGUUCCAUGUACCAGAAAAUUAUGUUCUAACGCUUAUACAUUUAUUAAUAUAUACUUCAUUUAAUCGUGAUUUAAACAAUUAGUCGCAUAAGUUAACGAUAAUAUUAAGUUUUAUACUCUAAUCUCAGAACUAAUACUAGCUGAUCGACAAAUCGAACAAAAGUGUGCAAAUAGUAAUGAAUAAACUGAAGAUUUUCAUUAGGUGUGGAAUUGCGUUUUAAAUUUUACGCUGAAACGAAAUAAGUGAAGGAGAGCUAUCUGAUUCGACUAAUUUGCGAUCCGAUUGAACAAAAGAGCACAGUGUGUUUGCGUCUAUAAACGGUAAUCCGCGAAAAUAUAAGCUGCACAGGAUUAUUGUCGACUACGAAUAUUAGCACCGUUCGUGUAAAAAGUCAUUUAACAUUAUUUCCUUCCAAAAAAAUGAUCAAUGAACAAAAUAUCGAUACCCGUAUUUGUAAUCAUCGAGAAUGAGUGUUUCUCUCACUUGUGUGAAAAAGAGGCUUCGAUAUUUUCUAGCGAUAACAUUAUUUCUUUUUAGAAUUAUUCUGAAUGGCUUUAUUUUUAUUUACUAUUGUCUCAUCGAUUGCAAUAAUUUAUCUUACGUUUCAAACAAGUCCCAAUUAAAUUCAUGCUAAUUUUAAAUGACUACUCACACGACCUUAUACAUUUAUAAAUAAUGAAACUAAUACAUUUAAAAAACGAAAAAAAAAAGUAAAAUAAUACGAAAACAUUGUAUAUCGAAGGGGGAGGAUUGAUAAAUUUCAAAUUGCACGAGGCUUGAGAACGAACUUUUUUCGAGAGAUUUUUUUCUUUUGUUUUUUUUUUUCGAAAAAGAAAAAAUUGUUCCAAUGUGAAUUGCAACCGAUAUGUACUGUUAUAUAGCCCAAUGGAUUGAUAAAAUUUCGCUCUUAUUGCUUGCGAGUACAAAGUACUUUUAUAUUUCUAAUAAUACGGUGACAGUGCCAAUUCCAUCAUUUUUAGCUUUCUAUUUUGUAAAACCGUAACCACAGGGAGACCAAAGCGUGGCAUACAGUGAAUAUUUUUCAAAAUAUGAGUAAUCUUUUUUUAUAAAUAUACAUCUAUAUACAUAUAUACAUAUACACAUAUAUAUUCAUUAUGAAUUCAAUUAUCGGUAUAAGAAAUAAGUUUGUAUCAAAUCAAUAGUAUCGUCAAUUCGUUGUUUUUCGUCUUUCUAAUGUCUCAGUGCUCUAGAAUUGAAAAAAAAACGCUUGAAAUCAAUGGAAUGGUGGUUCCAAAGUGAAAGUUCGAGAGAAGAGGACCAAAAUAAAUAAAAUAGAUUAUUGCAAAAGUUAGUUUUAAAAGUAGAACAGCAAAAAUCUAAGAAAUCUUGAAAAAAAUUCAUUUUAAUUACAUUGGUUGGAACUUUCGAAGUUACCUGUAAACUUGCAUUCAAGGAUACAGCAAAAAUCAUAUUUUAACAUUUGCAAAUAACGAGAUCUAGCCUCAAUUUUUUGGAAUCGCCAUUUCCCUCAAAAGUUCCGAUACUUGACGAGAGUAUUUCGAGAUGAAACUGGUGACACCGUAUUUGUGGGAAACAGUUACUCAAAAUCUUUUUGUUUUCAAGCAAACAGUUUCUCAUUAACAAUAUUUCAAUAGAAUAUGUAUCAAUAAUGCCAUAAUAUCGAAUCACUUAGUCAAAAAAUCUCGAGUGCAUCUAAAAAAAUCAAGAAACAUACGUACUUUGAUUUUGAACGAGAGAAAUCGCACGACACCAAGUGUUACCAUUUUUCCAGUUGCAUUGUAUACUUGCAUUUUCAACUGUCACGUUACAAAAGAGCUGGGCGCGAUUAUUUUUAGGAUUUCCAUGAUAAUCCUUCACAGCUCUAUUUUAGUUCCUUUGUCAAGUUUACAGAUUUUUAGUUCCGCAUGUAUAAUGAGAGAUAUACAUAUACGUAUGUAAAUCCAGUACACAGUACCGACCCAACUCAGUUAUAAAUCUCUGUGGUCACGUACAGUUCCACGUUCAAUGACGUUUUUUUUCUUCUUUCUAAUUGUAAUCCCGUCUUAAUACUAUAUUGAAUACUGGUUUAGCAAUCCCUUUUAACCCUUUACUCGAUACCUAAAAGUGUAAUUAUUUCAAACGCCGUCUUCGAUAUACGAAUUUGCACUGUAAUUAAUCAAGUCGACGAUAAAUUUCGAACGAAUAUCACGGCGAAACGAAAAAAAAAAAAAAUAGUAUAGAGCAAUGCCCUCCCAUGGCAAGCACGUUGUCAACGUUAAAUUCAUAAUUUUAUAAUUUUGGGUCAAAUACGAAAAGAACAGGAAAAUUUCUGCACAUGAUAGUACCACGAUUGAAAACAAAAAAAAUUAUCUUCCCUAUUAAGUGUAAGCGACGGAUAGAAAAAAAAAACGAUAACGAGAAUUAUAUAAAAGAGAAGUGAAGAAAACGAAUACAAACACUACGAUUGUUUCGAAAAUUAUUUCCAACAAUGUCUACUAUAUGCGGAUAUAAAUGUUCAUCUUAUGCAUAACAAAUACACCCAACUCGACCAAGAAAAAAAAAGCUUAGAUAAAAAGGAUGAAUAAAUUCAAUGAAAAAUCAAGUCCAAAUAAUCGACGAUAAUUAUCGAUUCAAAAUUUUGCCGGAUAACUAGACAGAGAUGUAGUUUUUUUUUUAAUAACCUCGAAAAACAUGAAAUAAUAUAUAUAUGUAUACACGCAUGUAUAUAUAUACAUAUAUAUAUAUAUUUAUAUUUUGGGGAGUCUGUGCUAGAAAAUAUUUCGAUACCGUAGAUAGACGACAACAUUUAUUAUUGUGUCAUACUUAAAACUCUAUCUGAAAGUAAUGAAAUAGACUAUGUGAAUUAGUGCAUAUUUUUAAUAAAUGGAGCAUUAAAUUACACA